AUGCAAAAGAGAAACAACAAAGUCAUCAUCACCAUCUAUGAAGAACCAUGCAUCUCCAACAUGCUUCAAAAAUCAAGCAUUGCUAACCAAACUCAAAGGAGAACAAGAAGUAGUGCUCUUGGCUAUGACAGAAAAGCACUCCUUCUUGCAUACUCUCAACAACUAAGGAAGUCGAACACGAAGGCGAUAUCAAGACCAAAUUGGAUUGAAUGGAAGGCCGCAUUCAAAGAUCGAAGUCACUGUAUGAGGAGUGGUAGUUCAAGGAGGAAAUUCAGGUUCUGGAUGUAUAGAACUGUGACUUGUUUGAAAAGAAGGGAAUGGAGUUAUUAUAGAAUGAAUAAAGAUGAUGAAAGGCAUGUCAAUGUAAGUGAGGUUUCACCCUUCCUUCUUCCUCUCUUUAUCCCUCAUUGUAAAAAAAACCUUGGCUUCUUCCCUUCUUCCUUCUCACAAGAUUGCCUCAUUGCCACCGCCGGCCCUCAUCUCCGCCGAUGCCGCCACCGCCAGAUCUCAUCACAUAUUUUUCUUCACACUCUACUAUGUGAUUCGGAAGCAACCCGCCACCGCCGGCCCUCAUCUCAUUUCCUUUUUGUUAUUGAGAGUGUUUGUGUUGCUAGGCUUACAAAACAGUUGUUCCUUUGGUUGGUUCGCCUGGGAAAAGCACUGAAGAUCAGCACCAUCUGGAUUUCUCGAUUAGCAAACCUUGAUAAAGUUUGCAUUCUUGGUUGUAGCAUUUCAUCAGGUCUUGGUGUUGUUUUGAAUGUAGCAAAACCAGCAAAGGGAUCAUUGGUUGUUGUUUUCGGCCUUGGAGCUAUAGGACUUGCGGCGGCCGAUUGCUUGAGGAUCUCAGGGGCUUCGAGAAUUAUUGGUGUUGAUGUGAACUUGAGGAAAUUCAAUCAAGGUAGCCGAACGGCCAUUAUUUCUACAGAACAAUGAUCAUGUGCGAAAUUUGAUAACCCAAAACUAGAAGGUCAUUCUACCGAUCAUCUUCCCAGCUUUAGAGAAGAACACACAAGAGCACUGGAACCAGACUGUGCGCAAAGCCUAACUUUGAAUGUGAGGAAGUUCUUUUUGGAUGCUGACUAAGAAAUUUUCAAGGAAUGCUUAACAAAAUUCCAAGAAAACAAGGCCAAGGAAAGAGAAUUGCAAGAUAAGCUGGAAUUAAUUUGGAAACGCUUAGAAGAAAUUACAGCAUCCAAAGCUGUCAGCAACGAAGCUGUGCUUGUCCCUCGUGUCAGAUCCUCCCUUACCAUUCCAAGCACUAAUCUUGCAGGUGCGCUGACCCUAUCAUUGUCCAUUGUUCUGCUGCUAAUAUCCCUCCAAAGGUACCCUUCUUUCAUUUAUUUACUUUUUCCAAUUUCUUUUGUCUCCAUUUCUUGACUAUUCAAGUAGCCUUGUCCAAAUGAAAUGACACGAAGCCGAAGUGGUCCCUCGGCCGCAUUCACCAGUCUCCAAUUCGUUUUUUUUUUUAAUUCCUGAUUGCUUCUUAGUUAUACAUGCCAUUUAUGUUCUGUUAAUCUUGCAACUCUGUUAUUCAGUAAUUUGAGAAAAUUUUCAAGCGAAAGUGUGUCAAUUAAUUGUUUUAAU